GGAGACUGAAAAAUCUGUCAGUCUAGAGAGCAAAUGAGUUAGAAGAAGAGACACAUGGGCCAGAGGGGCAGACAGCUGAUUUGCAGACACUUUUUCCAGAAGCAGCCAGUGCUGUUACUUUGAAGACUAUUAUUUUGUUACAUCUGCCUUGAAUCUGGACACAUUAGUCAGUCAUAUUUCAGUGCAGCUGUCUAGCUUUGACAGAAAACCUGGUGAAGUGUUUUGUUCACAGGAGAUAUCUUCACCACUGAAGCCAUGUCGACUGACAGACCGAACAGCAUGUCAAAGGAGGUGAAGCCAGAGAGCGUGUCGCUGCGUCCUCUGGGCACAGCAGCUGCCCACGAGCAGGAGCUGCUGUGCAUCUUCGGGACGGGGGACCUCGGGCGCUCUCUGGGCCAGCGUCUGCUCCAGUCUGGCUACGGGGUGGUGUACGGCAGCCGCAGACCUAACAGCUGUGGCCCCGUGCCCCAGGGAGCUAAGGUGAUGAGCCAUGAGGCAGCAGCCCAGUCAGCCAGUCUGGUCUUUCUUUGUAUUCGCAGAGAACACUAUGACUUCCUGGCGACACUUGAACGUCAACUCAAGGGGAAGGUGCUGGUGGACGUCAGCAACAACCUGAAGAAGAAUCUAUACCCGGAGGCCAAUGCUGAGUAUCUGCAGAGGCUGAUCCCUGGAGCUCAUGUGGUGAAAGCGCUUAACACCUUGUCUGCCUGGGCCCUGCAGAACGGCCCCUCGGAUGCAAACAGACAGGUGUACAUGUGCGGAAACAGUGCUGAGGCAAAGCAGGCAGUAGCAGAGGUGGCGACCAAGUUAGGCUUCAGCGUCUUGGACCGGGGGUCUCUGACUGCGGCCAGAGAGCUGGAGGACAUCCCCCUGCAGCUGUUCCCAGAGUGGAGGCUGCCGCUACGUGUGGCCAUCGGCCUCACCACCUUUUUCUUCUUCUAUGUGGUCAUCAGAGAUGUUGUCUACGCAUAUGUUGAUCAGGGGAAAGACAUCUCCUUCAGAAUCAUGGUGUCCCUCGCCAACAGGGUGUUUCCUGUUGUGUCUCUCAUCAUGCUGUCUCUGUGUUACCUGCCUGGUGUCAUAGCUGCCUUCCUUCAGCUCUACAGAGGAACCAAAUACAAGCGUUUCCCUGACUGGCUGGAUCGCUGGAUGCUGUGCAGGAAGCAGCUGGGACUUCUAGCACUUGGCUUUGCUUCUCUACAUGUGCUCUACACUCUCAUCAUCCCCAUACGAUAUUACGUGAGAUUCAAAAUUGCUGCCAGUACCAUCUCCAAGAUGAAGGAGAACCAAACGUCGCCGUUUGACACCACCUCGGCCUGGCGUACUGACUCUUACUACUCUAUGGGGAUUCUGGGAUUUUGCCUGUAUCUCCUGUUGGGAAUCACCUCUCUCCCCUCCGUCAGCAACGCUCUCAGCUGGAGAGAGUUCAGCUUCAUACAGUCCAAGUUGGGAUAUCUGACAUUGUUCUUCUGCACGUUUCACACCUACCUGUACGGCUGGGACAAGUUCCUCCGUCCCUCUUACUAUAAAUGGUACACUCCUCCGGCCUACAUGCUCUGUCUGGUGGUGCCGUCUGUGGUGAUCGUGCUCAAGCUGCUGAUCCUCCUCCCCUGUGUGGACCGCAGCCUCACCCGCAUUCGACAGGGCUGGGAGAGGACGGAUCCAGAGGACGACAGCAAGAAAUCCCUGCUAACAUAGCUGUCUCAAUCACAGACACAAAACCAGCGGUGUGCACAUAAAGGCACCACAGCAGCCGCGUUUCCAGCGACGAACAUUCAUACGUAUUUUGAAGUUUCGCAUUAGAAAAGGUCAAUAGACAACUGAAUUCCAGAAAAGAAUUAAUGUCACUGAGAGACGGAAACACCUUUUUCUGUUCUGAUGCAGUGAACAUUCGACUCAUGAGAGUGAUCGGCCAUUUUCAUUCCAAAAGAAGAAGAAGAGGAAGAAGACGCAUUGACAACCCUGCUUCCACUGUCGAAAAAUUCUUCUCUCACACUUGCUUUGUGUCUUCUUCUUCUUCUUCUUCUUUUGUUGGCAAGUGACUGGUUUCGUGUCCAGUUCACAACCUCCACCUGUUUAUUACUGCCGUGCAUAACAUACCCCAUGAUGCUAUGAUGAUUUUAUUUUUUGUGACAUUUCAAAAGUUUGCUUCAAAUUCACUUGAGUACUAGAUGUAAACACGGCCAGCGACUUGUCUUCUAGGUGCUCUAUCAUCAGGUUAGGGUUACAGUUAGGUAAGGAAAGGUAAUUGUGGCUCAAGAUUAUACAAUUACAUCUAUUGCUCUUUACUGUCAGCAGAGUCAGCUGGGUCAGUCUCUCUUUGUGUUAUCAUGUUGGAAUUUUCAUUUGGAAAAUAUAUGAUGUGAUGUAAUGGCACUAAGUUGGUUUUAGUCAGUUAUACAAAUACAUUUGAUCAACACAGAGUCACAUACUUAAAAAAAACCCAUACUGCAUGUUCAUAUUAUUUUGCCAUUGUAAGAUAUUGUCUCUUUUGUUUUGUAAUAGCACUACAGUUGAUUUGUUAUUGACUUUUGGAUUUGGUUCUCUCUUCUUUUUUGCCUUCCUCCUUAUUAGUGUUCCUGUAUUCCUGUAACCACUGUCAAAUACUCUUCACAAUAAACAUAAGUGUGACUGAG